GCACGCAUACUUCCGGGUUUGUUUUGCGUGAGGGGGUUGAUCGCACACCCGCGGAGCAGCUUCUCUUACCCACGCGUGGAUCUCCAAAGAAGAGCCGAACAUGCCUGGAAUUCUGCUGGGUGACGAGUUCCCCAAUUUCGAGGCUGACACCACCAUCGGCCGGAUUAAGUUUCACGACUUCCUGUCAAACUCAUGGGGCAUCCUGUUCUCCCACCCGAAGGACUUCACCCCGGUGUGCACCACCGAGCUGGCGUGCGCCGCCAGCCUCAGCGACAAGUUCGCCAAGCGUGGCGUCAAGAUGAUCGCCUUGUCGGUGGACAACGUGGAGGAUCACCGCGGAUGGAGCAAGGACGUGAUGGGGUUUAACAAUCAGGCUUCGAAUCCUCUGCCCUUUCCCAUCAUUGCUGACGAAAAGAGGGUGCUGGCCACCAAGCUGGGAAUGCUGGACCCCGACGAGAUCGACGGCGAUGGCAUCCCGCUCACCGCUCGUUGUGUGUUUGUGAUCGGGCCCGACAAGAGGCUGAAGCUGUCCAUCCUCUACCCGGCAACCACGGGGCGGAACUUUGACGAGCUGCUGCGCGUUAUCGACUCGCUGCAGCUCACCGCGCAGAAGAAGGUGGCCACGCCCGUCGAUUGGAAGCCCGGAGACAAAGUCAUGGUGCUUCCCAACGUCUCAGACGCCGAGGCGGCAACUCUCUUCCCCAACGGCGUCACCACAAAAGAGUUGCCUUCUGGGAAAAAAUACCUGCGCUACACUCAGCUCUGAAGACUGCGCCUCUCUAUAUUAGGACACCAAUAAAAAUAGUGCACAGUCAAAAAACAAGUAUAAAAUACUACACAGCAACAAUAAACACAGAAUUAGUGCCUUUUGUAACAUUCCAUAAUAAACUUUGCACUUAAAUUCAAAAUGAUUUUUUUCCCCCCCCCCACCCAUUCUUCUCUGCUAUGCAACCAUUACGCCACUUAGUGUCACUAUAUUAUCAGAUAUAGAAACUGCAACCUUCUGCAGUUGUACGUUUCACCAAUAGAUGUCGCCAAAUACAUGCUGUAGUGCUGACUAGCCUUGAUUCUUGUAUGUGCUGAACUUCCAUCCAUGCAUCCAUUUUCCAAAGGUAAAUAACAGUUUAUUAUUCAUGUUGUAGGGCUGUUUUUACCAUUUCCAUUUAGUAAAUGAAUUCGGGAAACAAACAGAAAAAAAGUUGCAUAGGAUAGUACAGAUAUUUAAAAAAUGUGCUUUCCUUCUGAAAAAAAGUCAAAAUAUACAACUUUUCUCAAAUAUACUUUUUUCCCCCCUCAAAAAUAUAAAACUAUUCUAAGAUUACAGCCUGUACCUAGUAGUGAUACUAGUAGCAGUGUUGGUGGGGGUACAUAGUCGCCACGCCCACUCUUUUUUCCCUUUAAACUUUUUCCUCCUUGAAACUUUUAAAAAAUGAAAAUGUAUAUUUGUGUGACAAAAGUUACAACUUCUCUUUUCCUUGAUAUUCUUUUUUUUUUUUUUUUUUAAAUAAUAUAAAACUACAGUAUUUUCCAACUACAACCUGUACCUAAGUAGUAGUAGUAGUAGUAUUGCUGGCAUGGGUGCACAAUUACUUUUUUCCCCUCUGAAAUAUUAAUAUAAUAAUUAAUAUAAUGAAGUUCUUUACUGCCUGAAUGUGAUUUGCUUCUUGGAAAUUUACCAAUUGUUUGAUUUUUGAGCAUAGGAACCUAUCCGCCGUCAUUUGAAAAACUUGCCUUCUUUGCUGUUUUUUGUGCCCUUUCUGAAACACCCUAAAUUGCCGCAAGAUUACAAAUCUCUGAUUUAUACAAAAGUAGUGCUUUGGCGCCAUCUUCUGGCACCAAUAGUUAAAUAUAAACGUAUCUCAGGAUGCUGUCAAUUAUUCGCGGAUUUUCGCUCUUCGCGGCUGGGCUCGAAAAGAGGGGGGUUACUGCACACCACUUUUUCUUGAACAUGUACAACUUUUGUUUCUCAAGAUUUUCUUUUUUCUUGAAAAUCUAAAACUAUUCAGCUAAAAUUGCAACUUGGGGCUGUCAUGAUCUGACUCGGAUUAUCCUACACAUAUUUUGUGGAGUACUCGAGUAAUUGCUGCCCCCCCCCAUCUAAUCUUUUUUUUUUUUUUUAAUAACUACUAACAUGCAUUUUAUUGGACUUCUAUUCUUAAACUGCAUAUGUUUGUGCUGAGUGCAUGGUAUAAACUCUGUACAGAAAUUGAGACAACAAAAUCAGCCUUUGCGAAAUGGUUAGCAUUCGCGAUUAGCAUUAGCAUGCUAGCGAUUACCAUUUUAGGUAAAAAAAAAACAAAAAAAAAACGGUAACUACCAUUCAUCUCACUCAUACAUGUUAAAUGUACAUUACACAUCUAAAAGUGUCUUAAUAAUCACUUCCAGGUGCUCCUGUGUCAUUUUUGGCAAAGUUUAUCAGUGGGCCAACACUGCGUCCAUCUGGAAUAAAGUAAACAUGUUUAAACACGG